UUGGCAAUGAUCCUGGAGCUGUUCUCGGAAUGGGAAUUACUUCUGACAAGCAGCCAGCUGCCUCACCAGCACUGCCAGCACUGCCAGCAUUCCAGUGCCACCAGCACCACCAGCAUCCCUCUGCUGCUGGAGGGACCAUGACGCCUCAGGGAAGAAAAAUGAGGAAUGGUAGAAGCCUGUCAUGAGAGGGAAGGCAGUUGGGGAAUGGGACAUUCUGCAGGAAAGGAGUGUUUCUAACCAGGGGGAAAUCAGGAGCCUUUGCAAAAUUGUUCAUGUGGGGCUUCUGACAAAAGCCACUUCCUCUGUAGCAAAAAGCCGCAAGAUAAAAACUCCGGGCAAGUGGAGCUCUGACGUACCCAAAGUCACAAUUUACGACUCUCCCGUGACCCCACCCAGCCUGGGGAAGCAACACGAGGACAGGGCACGGAGAGGAGCUGGUGGGACAGCAGUGGGCACCUCCUGGUGAUCUGGGCACUUUCUCCUUCGUGUUCCUGGCCUGGGAGGAGCCGCUUUAGGAUGUGGAUCCCAAAGGAGCAAGGGGAGCCAGGAAGCGCCGCUGAUGGGGACAGAGCCCCUGUGCCUGCUGCUGCCCCACACUGAACAGGGAGCUGCUGAGGAGCCGCUUGGUCCAUCCCUGGAUUCUCCAAGCACUGACUGCCCAUCCACUCUGACCACAGCCAGGGCCACAUCCCAGCGCCUGCCCAGCGCCCAUCCAUGGCGGUGAGCUCUGUGUUCCCACCUUCGGCUUCACCCACUGAAGGGGAUGAUCCAUGUGAGAUAGAUGUCACCAGUGUGGCCAUACACAGUGUGACACUGCUCAUCUGCCUCUGUGGGCUGGCUGGGAACGGGGCCGUCCUCCGGCUCCUCACACUGAAAGCCCACAACACCCGCAUCUUUGACCUGGCUGCUGUUGACUUCAUCUUCCUCCUCUUCGCACUCCCCUCUGCCCUGCUCUUCCUGCUGGAGGACGUGUCCUGCUCUCCUAUCCUGCCCCAGGUGUACGUGAGCUUCCUUUUCCAGCUGUCAGUGGUCUCCUACUACUGGGGGCUCUACCGCCUGGCCCGCCUCAGCGUGAUUAUCAACCUGAGAAAGCUCUUCCAGCUCUGCUGGUGCCACCCUCCCCUGCGCCUGCUGUGGGUAGUUGACAGUGCCCAAUUCUGGGCCUUCUUCGCUCUCUUCACUGUCAUUCCCACGGUGACAAUGAUGUGCCCAUCACAAGAGCAGGAGCACUGCCGGGUGGCUCUCAUCUCCAUGUUCGUUGUCAUCCUGCUCCUCAUUACUGCACCCUUGGUCAUCACCCGCACAAUUGACAUCGUUAAAGCCAAGUGUGGCUCCCAGCAGCAGCAACCCGAGAGGCGCGACAUCGUUGUCUUCCUCAUUGUGCUCUUCACUCUCUUCCUCAGCCUCUGGAAUUUCCUGCAGCAGCUCGGUUACACCGGUGUGUCAAGACAGGUUUUUUUCCUGCUCGCCUGCAUCAACAGCAGCAUCAAACCCUUCAUCUACUUCUCAGUGGGGAGUUCCUGGAGGCCCUGCUCUGAGGGGAGGUGCUGGACGCUCUGUACCGUGAGGUUCCUCAGGGAAUCCCUCCGGACAGUCUUUGAGGAGCAAGAAAAAACCACUCCCAGCAGCAAUGCUGUGGGCAUGGACAUGGUGAUCUGAGCCUGUUGAUCCCUUCCCCUGCACAUCUGAAGGAUCUUGGGACAGUGGCUGAGGGUUUCCUUGAGCCACCAGAUCAAUAAAUAUCCACGGGAUCACCCUCCCUGUGCUGGUGUAAUCCCGCAGGAGAAAGGAGCAGGGGCAGUGCCAAGGGCAAUGUGGGAGGGAAGCUCCACCAGGAGCACAUUGGAGCAUGGAUUUCCUCCUCCCUCACAGGCCUUAGAGCACUGUUCCCCCAAAGGGAUUGUGCUCCACACAGCCGUGAUCCCUAAAAUCCCCCUGCCGUGGUUCCUGCAUCCCUCUGCAGUCUGAUAUCAAUAAACAGCUCCUGAAACCUGA